AUGGUUUCGUCAAGGCCUGCCGCCAGGCUGCUGGCCUACAGAGCGCCGUUUCCGCUGGGCCCUUCUUACGCUCUCACCAGCCCGUCAGCGGUCCUGCGCGCCGCACCAACGUCGGCCCUCGCCUUCUCGACAUCCGCAUUGAGAGCUGCCACACCCGCCGGGCCCCCGCCAGCGGGCUUCCGUCUUCCUCCUCCAAAGCGAUGGGACCAGCAGGACGAGACCUCGCUGGAUAGAGCUACCAAGUACUUUUUGAUGGCGGAGCUUUUCCGGGGGAUGUACGUCGUGCUGGAGCAGUUCUUCAGACCUCCAUACACAAUCUACUAUCCCUUCGAGAAAGGUCCCAUCUCCCCCCGCUUCCGUGGCGAGCACGCUCUCCGUCGAUAUCCCUCCGGAGAAGAACGAUGCAUCGCCUGUAAACUCUGCGAAGCCAUCUGUCCCGCCCAGGCCAUCACAAUCGAAGCUGAAGAACGUGUGGAUGGAAGUCGACGAACGACCAGAUACGAUAUUGACAUGACCAAGUGUAUCUACUGUGGGUUCUGCCAGGAGAGUUGUCCUGUAGAUGCGAUUGUUGAAUCGCCGAACGCCGAAUAUGCCACUGAAACCAGAGAAGAGCUAUUGUACAACAAGGAGAAACUAUUGGCGAACGGUGAUAAGUGGGAGCCGGAACUCGCGGCCGCUGCCAGAGCAGAUGCUCCAUAUAGAUAA